CCAGCGGUUCUGAGAAGGUCAACGAAAGAGAUACGCCCGUCGCAACGUGCAGAGACUCGCCCACUUCAAAAUCGAUCUCCCAAUCGAAAACAUAAAAUGACAGGGAAAGACCAGGAGAAUGCGGACGAACCAGCUUGGCUGAAAUCGGAAAAUGAUGCAAAGAUUCGCAUGGAGACCGCACCUUUGAUCGACUUGGAGGACUCCGAACACGACAAAAUGGAGAACGCGUCGCGGGAAGUUAUCAAGGAAAACCCGUCGCAGCAACAGUCUACUUACGGCGCACUGUCACAAGACACAGGGAAGGAUGACGACGACGGUAAGCCGGACAGUUUGGCUUCCAAGGCACUCGCCACGAAACCGCACAUACCACGUCAAAAUGCUUGUCUCUGGCUCUUCCACUUUUUGGAAGGUGUCACCGUGAUCGCUGCACUCUGUCUUUUGGCCACCCAAGUAAUUCCGCUCUGCUACUUGCCCGCGAGCGAAAUUCCGGCCAAAAUUGGAAUCCUGUCCCUGGCCUUGAAAAUUUACAUUUCCGCGUUUUGUGUUCUCUUCUGUCUCGUCGAAGCCGGCUGGCCCAUACCUUGGAUACGCUCGUCGCCAUUGCUGCAAGUAUACAUUAGUCGAGGCUUUUUGUAUUCCUUUUUGGGGCUAAUAUGCGUGGAGGAAUCCACAUCCGAGCGCAUCAAAGACAUUGUUCACAAAACAGCCGACGAGUUGCACGUGAGUUGGGCAGCCAUAUUUAUGCAAAUUUCGUCAUGGUGCUUUUUGGCCACGGGCAUGCUGUACAUGCUCCUCGGAUUGUGCUGCAUGAAACGCGUGCGGGAUAGACUGCAACAGAAGGAAAAGGACGACUGGCAAGAGUAUCGCAAGGCGAUCAAGGAGUGGAAUGAUCUGCAUACCUAGGAAGCUUCAGCCCCGGCUGCCGAGCCAUACCUUUUAGUCUAAGAUAUCCUCAAGCCUCGUCAACUUAUAUCUAUAGGUAAAAGAGUGGUUCGUUCUUCCGAAGAAUCGAAAGUGACGCUUUAUUUCUAGUAAACGGCGUUGUUGGGACUGCGCAUGCGGUCUCCACUUGGACGGUAGUGUCCCGAGUUGGGGUUCUGUCGCUGCCAUCUCCGUCUCCGAUCGGCGGCCAUUUCUUCAAUCGCAGUUUCCUUGUUGUGUCGGGUGUGCCGUCGAUCUUGGGCCCGACUGUGGGCCUUUCCCUGAAAGCGAGAUGAUUGAGAUCUACGGGCCAGUGACUGCUUGGUGCGUGUUCGAAUAGAAGCGGCCACGGACAGAGUCAAGUUUUCGACAAUUUUGGUAGCCAAUUUCUUUGACACUUUCCGACCCGACUUGGGAAUAACAAUGCUCGUCCGCACAAUCAACUGAUUGUCUUGCCGAUCGAUUUGUAAAUGAAUUUGACCAUCCCAGUGUGCACCUUU